AUCAAAAUAACUGACUAAAUAGAACAAUUAAGACGAUAUAGUGUGGUAUAUGAGCUACUUAUUACUUAUAGAUUAUAAUAUUGUUGACAGAGCCAAACAAGAAGUUAAUGUACAGAAGAUAAAACAACAAGAGAGGCCUUGUCUACCAAACGAUUUUUUUUUAAAGCGAAGCCGGAAGUACUCAAUGGGGAACCCUCUCAUACCUUCCAACUAGCUAGCUAGCUUCUACAGUGGAGUUAGGUCUGUUUAUCUGACUUUAUGAGUCGUUUUUAAGUUUAAUAAGAUGUCAAAUAAAGCAGUGAAACGUCCAGGAGUUGGUGUUGGAGUGCUGGUGACAGACCCAGCCCAUCCAGGCUGUGUUCUCCUCGGGAAACGGAGGACACUCAUGGGCAAAGGGACCUACCAGCUGCCUGGUGGACACCUGGAGUUUGGGGAGACGUGGGAGGAGUGUGCUCACAGAGAGGUGUUGGAGGAAGCAGGGGUGCGCUUGAUAAACGUCAGCUUUGCCUCAGUGGUGAACUCCAUCCGACUGGAGGAGCAGUACCACUACGUCACCAUCAUCAUGCAAGGACAGCUGGACAGGACGCAGCCGGGAGAGCCGGAGAACCUGGAGCCAGAGAAGAACGAGGGUUGGACGUGGACGCGGUGGGACCAGUUUCCUCCAGAGGACGAGCUCUUCUUGCCGCUAGCCGGUCUGAGACAACAAGGCUUCCAGCCGUUCAGGAACACAGCAACGAGCACUGAAACUCAGCUUUGAAACCGCCUGGGACACUUUUAUACAGACAUACCUCUUGUAUUACAUCAUGUUUUUCUGUUAUGGUACAUACUGCAAUGUUUUGCCAAUAUUAAAAACUAUUUUUUACAAAUGUAGUAGAAGCAAUUCAUGACGUACAGAUUGUCAUUUAUUGGAAAGCAACAAAUAAAAUGCAAUUUCGAUGGGC